ACAGCAUAAACUGUAAUGGUCAGCAUAGCAAGUCAGCACAGCCAGUCAGCAAAGGUCAACCUUACCAUAAUGAAGAGCUAUUGUAUUUGCGUUUUGUUCUUGUCCUCUUUCUUCUUUCUUGGUACAGUAGAGGGAGGUCCCUUACAUGCUUCCUGUCAACUCAAAUGGACAUGGAGCACAAACUGUACUACUGUGAGUACUGCAAUUCUUGCUCAAAUUGCAAAAUGGACCAGUAACACGUGUCCUCCUAAUACUGAACUCUGUGGAUACAAGCUAAAAAGCAACACUACAAAGGAAAUUACAGCAACCCAUACUACCCCAGUUCAUCAUUAUGUAGACGAUCUUAAAAUGGACUUCACUGAUGAUGGAGGAAUGUGUACAGUUGAUGGGUAUUCCAAGUCUGAGGUCUGGUAUGCUGUACUAGAUGAUGGUACUAAUUAUUGUAAUCUCCACAAUCUUGUAACUGGGGCUGGACUUGACAAGAUGUACAGUUUCAACGAAGCUACUUCUGAUGACAACUGUACCCAGUACUCAUCAGCUAACUGUGACAAAUACUGAUGCUUUAAUUAACUGCUUGAGUGUGUUAAUCUUGCUGUUUUAAAAACUUUUCCCUUUUUGAUAAAAAUAAUUCUUAAUUUUUAAAACAGUG